UUGAUUUGUAAGCUGGUAAUUUUAUUGGCAGCUGGAAACUUUAGCUCCAAUUAAGUAUAAUGGAUCCUUUAUUGACUGACGACUGUGACAUGAAGAAAUCCGCAAGGGUUCAGAUUAUAAUGGAAAGAACACGGGAUACAGUAACCGAGAUCUUCUCCAAUUACAAGCGAAAAAUGGGCGAUGGAGCCCGCCAAGCAGUUCAGUUGGCCAGAAAUCGCCAUUCCGAUAAGCUAAUCAUUAAACCAAAAUGCGAAUUCAAAGUCAAAGGAUUUCGAUUUUUCAAAAACCUUGGCUGCGAAGAGGUGGCCACUGGAUUACUUUUGCUGACAAUUCUGAUAAUGCUGCUAUUGACACUUUAUCUGGUCAGGAAUUAUAACCAUAUGUUUGUUUAUGGAUCAGGCGGUUGCUUGACCACAUUUCUUUGGGCCUAUGACGAUUGCCUUAUAAUUACUUAAAGACCAACAUUGUUAUUUUUUAACAUGAUCCCAACUGCUGUUUAAUUGAUUUAGGUCAAUAAACUGUUCUAAAUAUUC